CGCGCCGGGGCCGGUCCCAGUGGCGGUCCCCGUUCCUGUCCCCGUCCCAGUGCCGGUCCCUGUCCCGGUGCCCCCCGGCCAUGUCCGGCCCUCAGUCCUGGUUCGUGGCCCGGGCCCGCCGCCGCUUCGCCAUGACCCGCGAGUGCGCCGUCCUGCUGCCCGGCGUGUGCGCCGCCCUGGCCGACCCGCGGCAGCCCGGCCUCGACGACACUUGCCUGGAGAAGCUGCUGGACUGGUUCCGCAGCCUGACGUGGUUCGACCCGACUGUGGAGCUGGUGCAGGACAACCCGUGUCUGACAGAGCUCAUCAGCUCCGUGCUGGCCCUGCCCGAGCCCAGCCCCAGCAUCCUGUCCUUCACCCUGCAGUUGGCCGGGAUACUCGCUGCCUCCGAAAACCGCUUCCAGCACCUGCAGCAGGAGAAGCUGCUGGGGAGGCUCUUUGGCCAGGACGGGCCCCGGGGCCGCGCGGUGUGGGAGGACGCGUCGGUGUGCAGCGGUUGGGUCAAGGGAGUGCACAGCAUGGUGCACCACCAGCCUGCCCUGCACUUCCUCUGCAGCGGGGGAGGCAUGGAUGUGAUCUUCGCUCUGCAAGGGGAUCCCAGCCUCUUUGUGGCUUCGGCUGCCAGUCAGCUCCUGGUGCACAUGCUCACCUUCUCUGUAGAGUCUGAAACAUCUAAAGCUCUCAGCCCAAAGGACUGUGAGUGGCCAGCGUGUGCCCAGAUGAUUAAAAAGCAUGUGGAGGAUUCCCUUCAGGCCGGCUCUGCCUCUCACAUUGAGCAGUCACUAAAGCUAUUAACCAGUUUGUUUGGCAGUUGUUAUGCUGCAUGGACUGAAGUGCUUUGGUCAGAUAUAGCAAAGCAAAUAGAAUCCUUUCUGAUGGAAGAGAGUCUUCAAGCACAGCACAUGUUGGCAAACCUUUUGCUUAACGUGGCACGGUCCCCUGUGUUUUGUGACACUGAAGGCAGUUUUUGGGCAUUAGUAACUUCUGCUCUGGAACACUUAACCCCAGUACAAGCAUGUCCUUUAGCAGUGGGACUUCUGAAGCUCUGCAAAUGCCCACAAGAUGUGAGGAUUCAGGCACUGACUGUUCUACUUCAGCCAAUGGACUGUAUUUUGAGAGCAGCCUCCCAGCCUCUGGAAUAUGCAGGUUUGCUGGAUGAGUCUGUUAGUGAUCCUGUCACUGUUGAAAGUCUUCUGUCCUCCAAGACAUCUUGUGCUGGCCUCCUGUGUCAGACCUUGGCUCACCUGGAGAAGCUGCUGUCUUUGAAACAUUUAAGAGUGGAUUUACCCUGUGUGUCCUUGCUGCGCUCUCUCAUGGCAAUAUUACAAUUCUGUAAUGGCCUCCUGAGUCCUGCUUCCCCUCUGGGAAGCACAAUAAGCCGAAACUUGAUCAAUUGUUUCAGGGUGCAAAAGUCAGCUCUCGAUGUCCUUGCAGCACUCUCAGAGAAAAAAGGCUGUGACACUCUCAUAGGAAGUCUAUUUGAUGUCCUUCUGGCAUACCUGGAGAGUCCAAACACCAGCCCUACUGUUCUAAAGAAAGCCUUUCAAGCUACAUCCAAGUGGUUGGUGCGCUUGCAGGAACUGUCCUGCUCCAACAGGCAGUGCCAACAAACUGAGAAGAUUUUGGAAGAUGUGUUUGUGGUGCUGCAGAAGCGUUUGUGCAGUCCUUGCUGGGAAGUAAGAGAUUCUUCUCUGGAGUUCCUCACUGCCAUGAUUAAAUGCUUGAGAGACCAGGAUGGGUUCAGGCAGUGUCUGCUGUCCUCAGAGGUGCCAAGGCUUACAGAAAAUCUGCUGGAGGAUCCAGAGAGCUACGUGCGGGCGAGUGCUGUGACUGCUGUGGGCCACCUGGCCUUUGUUACUUACUUUGCUCCGGAAUCACCUGUAGCAGGGAAUCAGUGUAACAAAGAGAACACUGUAGCAAAGCUUCAAGAAAUCUUGUCAACAGACUCUGAGGGCUUUCCUAGGAGGGCUGUGAUCAGCAUCUUCACCAAGUGGCUGAGAGAAGGCUGCACAGCUCAGCUGGAAGACAGAGAGCAGUUUGUCUCUAGAGUCAUCCAAACUGUGGAGCAUGACUUAGACUGGGAAGUCAGACUUGGUGGUUUGGAACUGGUUGAAGUUUUCUGUAGCCAGACUAUUUGCCAGCUUGGCCUUUCUGAGUGCCCCUAUGCUCCUGUCUCCUCUGCAGUCACCAGUUCCACCCCUCGGAACGAGCUGCUGAGGGUGUUCUGCCGAGCAAAACUGUUCGGCUUUUUGUUUCGAUCAUUGUGUGACUGUGACAAACCAGUGGGUCAGAGAGCCUGUGACAUCCUGAUUGGCCUAAGAGGGAAUUUCUAUCCGGUGAGUACUUUGGAGAAUCCACAAGAGAUUGAAGAUUCACCUGCAGGACGUGGCAUUGCCUGGUUACAGAGGACACUAAGACAGGGUUCUCUGGCCCAGAACUUCCCCACAGAUGGUGGUAACGGGGUGGAUUUUCAAGAUCCAGAGAGCAUGAUGGUAGCUUUGGGUGCAAUAGACUUACUAGAGCUACAUGAUGAACUAAAUAAAAGUAGUGACCAUGUGGAAGAAAGCCCUCAGUCCCUCUUACAGGACAUCCUUGCUACUAUGGGGACUAUAGAGGAGAAUGAAGUCGACUGUUACUGAAGACAUUUCUUGCUCUGAGGGAGCAAUGCUUAAGCAGUUUUCUUCUGGAGGAGAAGGGUGGUUUUGUUAGCUGUUAAAUGGGUUAGAAAAUCUUUAAUACUGAUGAUUUUUUUUUUGUUAAAAAGUGUAAUUUGCAAUAAACAGUUGUUUCUUUUUCAAAGUAAAAACA